AUGCUUCAGCACGCUGCAGAAUUUACGUUGUAUUAUCAUCCGUACAAUGCAUUUGGCAAAAUAGAAAAUGAAAUUGCAGCAAGAACUACAACGGAAUCUAGAGGCACCCACAACAAAUCCGGAAAUCAAACAGAUCAGCACCUUCAAGCUGAUCAGUUUCCAAAAAAAUCUUUCCAAACCAUCAAGAUUCAGAUUUUCUUUGACAAUCACAUUAACAGGAAGAAUUCACAGGUGCAUGGAAGAGAUAAAGUUGAGACGACUAUUUGUGCUGUAUAA